AUGGUUCUCGCACGUCCUCAUGUGCUCCGCGCAUCUGCUAGGGCCGUCGGUGCCGGCAUCGGCGUCGCAGCUCGACGACCUCCCACCCAGCAAUUCGCACGCAGGACCUAUGCUCAGUCGCAUGACGCUCCUAAGUCCUCCGACAUGCCAUGGCUCAUCGCAUCUGUUGGUCUGGGUCUCCCAACAGCAUACUACCUGCUUCAGGGCGGGGUGAAGAAGAAACCCCAGCACGGCCACGAGGAAGCUCACGGACCUGGACACGUGGAGAAGGAAGAGAAGAAGGAGGCCGAGUCUCCAGCGGGCGAAGCUACUCCUCAGCCCGAUCGCGACUCGGAGCAGAAGGUAGAUUCUUCGUCCUCGUCCUCCGGUACUACUCCAUCAACAGAUGGAAAGGCGCCUUCGGAGGCAGACCAGCCCGCCAGCCGGAAGGAACCAGGUUCUUCGGCCACCAUCUCUUCUAAGCAGGAGGGCCUGUCUAACACAGAUACUGAUAACCCGUUCGUGAACGAGCCUGGCAAGAGCCAAAAGGGAGAAGGAGAGACCGAAACCGCCAAGGUGAAGGGUACUGUUUCUCCCGACCGUCCCCAGGCGUGAUUGAGAUGUCUCAGGGUUUGAUGUUGAAAACUGUCCCAUAGCUCCGGCGAUGAAUAUUGUACUUUAUCCUCCAUGUGGCAUGGAAUGAUCGAGAAUUAGAUCGCCAAGAAGUGUUAAUGUAACAUUCCUACAUACUGAUCGCAUGUGCGUGCGUAGUUGUUGAUAAGAGAUUCCAGCUUCACCUUUGGC